AUGUCUGGGACGACAGAGGUUGAUAUCAAGUCAGGUGGGUAGUGUCUACGCCUGAGAGGUUCCGAUAUUUUAGACAAAAAAAGCUCUUCCUUUUUUAAAACUGAUGCCAAUCCUUAGUAUCACAUAAUGUACCAAAAUUGUCUUGUGAGCUAUUGAUGCAAACGAAAACUACGUUUCCAAUCAAAACAGUGCGCCAACGACAAAUCAUGAAUACACAGAUGACCACUUCCGGCCUUCCUUCCAAGAACUCCAGGCAGAACUUCUUCACUAGUGUUCGCCUCGAUAACAAAAGCAAAACAAAAAAGGAAGCCUGUGAGUUAGCAAAUGAGAAAUGUCUGCAACAAGGCAACAAAAAGAUCCAAAAAUAAUGCAAUUGAAUUAAAAUGAGAACAAGUCAAGUCAUAACGUGAUGAAGGCGUGCCAAUUCUCACCCGCAGGGGUAUUUUGAAGAACGCUGAAUGUCGAACGCCGAAUGGCUUUGAAGUUUGGUCAUUUACAUUAGGGUUAGGAAACUGAGUGAGUCAAGUUUCAGGUUAGUUUUCCCAGUACAAUGACCCUAAAUAAAAGCUGAUUCACUCAGUUUCCUGAGUACGCUGUGGCUAUAUAUCCGGUAACCGGUCAGUGAGGUUUUCAAAACACUCAGAAUGACCGGCAGUCCUAUAUUCUCAGUAAAUUUCACAAAUCGAAAAAAUCCAGCUAAACCAAACUAUCAAAUGUCUAUUAAGAAAAGUCAAGCGAUCCUGAAAUGCUUUAUAGAUCUCAAGUCUAGCGCUUGGUUUACGUGGGCUCAGAAAACGAAACCAUGUUCUGUGACUCUUCAGAGAGAACUUUUUUAAGCUCGACUGCCGCUCAAGGUGUUGAAAACACUAAAUGACCAGCAGUCCCUAUUUAGGUAGACUGCAAAACAGUUCGUAUUUUUGCGUAUUCAAUCAAGUACGCCCGAGCAGUCAAACAAAAGGUCUGGAACGAGGCUGAAUAAAAUGCUGUGUAGAAUCGCUCGCUCACACUUUGGAAUCUCAUUAAGAUAUCAAGUUUGAGGUCUUUUAGAAAAUGCCAAAUGUCAAGACCUAUUUUUAUUUUGAGGCUGGUCAUGGUUGGUAUAACGGGUUUGACUAGGUAAACGUUUAUUUUCGGAAGAUGAUGUUGUUAAUGUGUUCGGGGUACUAUGAUGUCAUAGUUAUUUUGCAGAAUACCAGAUUAGAAAGACGAAUUAUGGUGUCUCGUUUAAAAAUGCAAGUAUUUUUUAGUUGAUUUAUUUUUUUUGUUUUAACUUCUAUUUCUUAUUUUUAUUUAUCACUUGUACAUUUAGAUUCCCUAAAUUAUAAUUAAGUUUCUUCCUGCAUACUAAUUCCGUAUAGGUUUACUAAUAAGCGUCACUCUACUACAAUAGGAACAAUAGGCUUGCCUAGACUUGCCCGGUAAGUAACUUGAGCCCGGUUUUCGGACCGUCUAUUAAAAAAAAAAUAGGAAUAAGAGAAGCGAUCACCUAGCAACGCGAGAAACGGCUUCCUAUAUCUUAUUUAGCGCUAAAACUCGGAUAUAUAUAAACAAAACAUACACAAAUUGGAGCUGUAAACUCUGUAUUUCAAGUUUGUCUGACUAUUACAGAACGACGACUUUAACUUUAGGUUGCAGUUUCGCCUCUUGUAAAUACUGUCUUCGCUGUAUGUGGUCUAACUGAUGAACAUCCGCGAGAUGGUUAGCUAAUCUGACAAGGUACUUCGCCCCACACGAUGAAAAAAAAAAAUUUACAAGAGGCGAAACUGCAACCUAAAGUUAAAGUCGUCGUUUGCGAAAGUGAAGCGGAUAAUCCCGGAAAAAAUCACUAUCACAAUCCAGUACAGACACAAGAAACGGUGUACUGCGAACUGUCAAGAUCACAGAGAAAUGAAGCCUCUAAGACGAACUACAAAGAACAAGACAAAGUGCAAGAAACAAAGAAAGUCGAACUCUUGUCUUAGAGGCCAUAGGAAAAUUGUGUAGACACGGAAGGAUUAUUUUGGAACGGAAAAAAAAAUUGUAAUAGUCAGUCAAUGGAUUAAUUUUUAUCCCUUUUCCUUUCAAUUCGCUGUGUAUUUGACUCUUUUUGUCAUUGUUUUUUAAUAAAGUUUUUUAAAACGGUAUCUCUCUUGUGGUUUUAUUCCUAGCAAUUAUUAGUCGCGUGUUCCAAUUGAUCCUUGUUAACUUAUUUGUUUUAUAAUAAUACGUCAAGGUGCUCCCUUGGGUCUAGCUGUACAGAUGAACUAAUUUGUAUUCAACUUUGGGCUUGUGAACUCGCAUAAUUAAAUGAUUAACCGUGCGUGAAAAUGACAAGAUUUCAAUAGUUUUUCUUUUCCUCGAGAUAGAAAGGAGAAAACAGUUCUGUAAUAGUCAGACAAACUUGAAAUACAGAGUUUACAGCUCCAAUUUGUGUAUGUUUUGUUUAUAUAUAUCCGAGUUUUAGCGCUAAAUAAGAUAUAGGAAGCCGUUUCUCGCGUUGCUAGGUGAUCGCUUCUCUUAUUCCUAUUUUUUUUUUAAUAGACGGUCCGAAAACCGGGCUCAAGUUACUUACCGGGCAAGUCUAGGCAAGCCUAUUGUUCCUAUUGUAGUAGAGUGACGCUUAUUAGUAAACCUAUACGGAAUUAGUAUGCAGGAAGAAACUUAAUUAGUAUGCAGGGAAUCCAAAUUAGUAAGCGGGAAGGCAGCGAGCAGGCUUUUAUACCGUUCAAACAAUAAAAAUACGGCAACCAACCAGAAUGCUUCGUCAGACGAGACAGCCAAUGAGCGUCUUUCUAAUUCCGGUCAACCAAUCAAAACAACUAUGACAUCAUAGUACCCCGGAAUACAUAUGACAUCAUCUUCCGAAAAUAACUAAAACCUGUCAAACCCGUUAUACCAACCAUGACCGCCACAAGAUAAAAAUAGAACAUGACAUCAUUGAUAAACCCGUCAAACUGGAUAUACUUAAUGAGAUUCCACCGCAAGUAGAUUCUACCACAGCAUUUUAUUCAUGAGAUCAAGACAAUAGCCUAUGACGUCACCUAGUUAAUGUCUUCCUGCGCACGCUUAUGAGAUUCCUGCGCAAAAAAAGGGGCCUAACCGGUCCCUCCUAUACUACUAGUCACUGAUUGCAAAGGUUGUCAUUAACUUUUUUUGUAACAAGUUGAACACGUAGCGUCUUUGUACAGGUAAACAAGAGUCGAAAAAAAAAACGAGACUCUGAUUCAAGAUGGCGGUUUAACAAGUCAAAGCUUCCGUACUGAAUUUAAGGCGGUCACGCAGAGUCACGCAGUACUACGAUUAUUGUAACAUCUUCUUUUUUCUCUAUUCUUGGGAGAAGAUAUUCCUAAAACACUAGAAAUGAGUUGAAAUAGAGGACAGGAUAAUAACAGGAAUAACUGUAUAAUAUGUCCAAAACCAAACGGCAAACAGUUCCUGAUGAUAAAAAGCAAUCUAAAAAUGGUGACACAGUUUCAAGGUCGUAUCAUAUAAGACAGCUUCGCUGCGCUUGUUCUCGAAUGGUGUGGUUCGCUUAGCUGAGGGCAUAUUACAGCUUUCUUCUGAAUGGUGUUGAACGUGACUCUACAGAACAGAGUUUCCUUGGACUGGGCUGCAAUUGGUUCUCCUCUGACCUGGUUUUUGAAGUUGGGGCUUGAGAUGAUAGGUGGAUUGGGAGUUCCUUCCUAAUGUUUGUCUCAGGCAACUCGGCGGUCUUAUCGAGGUCAGAAGCCGUGUCGAGGUGCUGUCUGUUGCACCUGUAGGUGGAUCCGCUUGACUGCACUUUGUCGAGUCACCUCAGGUUUAUUCCAUGAGUGAAUGGUUUCAUUCCAACGGUGUCACCUGGUUUCAAGGCGGGCAAAUUAUGAGCUGAUCGAAUGUGAUACUUGUCGCAGCUGUCUCCGGGCAAAGUUGCUCGGACUCAUGAGCAUUGAUUUUCUGCUGGGCGCAAGCAAAAAUUUUGGGGUUGGUAGCUAAGUUCUGGUCCUUUUUCCCAUGGGCCUUUGAGCUGGACUGCUGUCUACAUCUUGUGUAGGUAGGUCCCUAAUGUUAAGUAGUGCCAUUUACUGAUCCUCGCCAGAUUUGAUGGUCUUGCGAAGCAUUCGCUUUGGCAACUUUUAUUGGCGACUGAGCUUUACCAUCGGUGUUUUUACCGUGAUGGGGAGAGGUUGUGCGGUGUUUGAAUUAGAAUUUAGCGGAGACGAAUUGUAAGCCAUUGCCUGUAACCAGCUUCUUAUUAACUCCAUUCCUUGCGAGGUGAACCUUCAGCUUCUUAAUGACUGUGCGGACGACUUGGUGUAGUUCCUUCAAGUACAGUUUGUAGGUGGGUACAGGUGUAGCUGAAAAUAUCAGCCCCGAUCUUCAGCUAGGGUCUUUCGGGAAUAAUCAUGGCUUAUGAGUGACUCCUUACAUUGGGUUUGCUCAAAUUCCAUGCAUGUUUCACAGGUUUGGAUCUACUCCUUAAGUUCUUUGUUCUUCCCAGGCAUGAUGCAACUCCUUGAUGGCCACAGUGGACGUCUAUCUCUAUUUCAGAUCUCAGGCUCCCAGGAUCUCUCCACUACGAAAAAAAAUGAAAUGGCCAUCAGUGACUGAAAAUUCAUCACGACAGUCGAGGUGUGACAAGAAGUGAGAGAAGUGGUUUUUCCUUUAGCUAGCCGUCUUGGAUGUUUUUCUUCAACUGAACCGGGUCAGCAUUGGAUUGCUCGUGCAUCUUGCUCAUUUUUUCAUCAGACGUGACGAAAUGGGUGAAAGAGGUGACAGUUUCAAAUUCACCUUCGCCAUAACUGGUGCCUUUCGAAAGGAUUACACUGCUAAUUAAGCCCGUUAUCUGGGCUAAGCAUUACUUUGCCUUCCGGGUACUGCGCUUUGAUGUUGCAGGCCAGGACGCGUAGUAACGUAUACCUUGAAGACGUUUGGGAGUCCAGUCAAUCGGCUUCUUAAUAAUGGGCUUCAAGGACUUGUGAUCUAAACAUAUCAUGACAGGUCAGCCAAACGUGUACUGAUGGCAUUUUUCGAGAGCAAAUGCAAUGUCAAGCAUCUCCUUUACGAUGGUAAGGUAGUUAUUCUCGGCAUUUCUGAGGGUUCUGCUCCCGCAGGUUUGUGGUUACCUCUUACAGGAGAUCGGCUCCCAGACUUUUCCCACUGUUUUCACAAUGAAUAUACAGUUCCUUCGUAGGGUCAAUUUAAAGUAAGCGAGCACAGGAGCUUGUUUUAGCCGACGUUUGACUUCCUCAAAGACUUUGUCCUGAGCAGCGUCCCAGUUCCUUGCAGUAUUGGCAUGGGCGAGAGCGUUUACGGGUUGUAUUAUUUCUGAGAGUCUGAAUACGAUCUUUGACAGAUAGUUAAUAUUUCCCUUCAGUCUUUCCACGCCUGCCUUGUCAGUUGAGGGCUCGAUCCUUACGACAGCUGCUAUCUUUGAAAGGUCAGGCUUAAGGGCUAGGCUAUUGAGGGUGUGGCGGCCCCAUGAUUUCCUCGCCCUUUAAGGCGUGCAUGUGAAAGGUUGCUGCCUCACGGGCGCGGCAUAUAAAAUCGUGCGUGGACAAGAGCUCUUCCUGCUCCAAAAAUAAAAAAUUACAAAGGUACUUAAUCAAACCCAAUUAACAGGAAAAUAUUUCUCUAGUGUUGCUUAUCUUAUUUUAAGCCAUUUCCAUGCUCAAUGGACGAAAACCGGCCCCACAAGGAAGAUUUUGUCAAAAUUGUAUUUUUUUUUUCGCUACUCGCUGGCGGUCGCCAAGGGGUUAAAUACUACUUUAAGCUGAAAGCGGCUUUUGUCUACAACAAAUUCACUAGGUAUCACACAAGUAGAUUCGCUGGGAGAAGAAAUGUUUUCUCACGUUAUCUCCGCGUACUCUAGUUCCAAAGAAAGGUUUUCCACACAGCUAUGUCCUUCCUUUCGGAACUGCAUCGUUACGUUGCAUUUUGCACUUCAUUAUGCUGCAGAACGUUGACGUGUAAACAAAGAUGUUCGUGUCGUGACCUGGCAAAAAGUUAACAAUUCACGUGAAAUCUUUUUUAUGACUGUUUCCGAUAAUUUGUCUCAGUUUGAAGUCGGGAUAAGAAAGAAACUGCGCUGGAUGAGCUAUUCCGGGACGUCGCUCAGUCAGUUGGUUAGGCAAAAUUGAAAACUAUUCAUGGCGUUAGUAAAUGUUUAUUGAUUAAUUGUUAACUUAGUCGUUUAUUUAUUUGUUUUUACAGGUGGCAGUCCCUCCUCUCAGUGGUUUAAAGUUGUUUUUGUUGGCGAUGUAAGAGUUGGCAAGACCUCACUUAUAAAGGCAGUCAAAUGUGAGGAGCAAUCUAAAGAGUACAGGCCAACAAGAGGAGCCUGGAUAACACACUAUGACUUAACAGAGAGAUGUCGGCUUCACAUAACGGACACCUCGGGAAAACAAGAAUUCAAAGAACUUAUUGACCUAUAUUUGAGGAAUCUACACUGCGUUGUCUUCGUGUUUGCUCUUGAUGACCCCUCAAGCUUCAAGCGGCUUAAUCACUGGCAUCAAGUCUUCACUCAAGCGUGUACAGGCGAUCCCUCUAACGUUGUAAAGUUUGUCGUAGGUACCAAGACAGAUGCACCUCGGGAGAGCUUAACGUUACAAAGAGAGGCGAUGCUGUUCGCCGAGAAGAUUGGUGCGGAAAUGUGGAUCACAUCAGCCGCUAAGUCGUUUAAUGUAUUUGAGCUAUUCGCUAGAAUUGCUGAGAACGGCAGUCGGCAAAUGUCCAAUUCAUCUUACGUUGAGUUGCUACCGAGAGAAAGCGACUUUCCAGAUGGAGAAGCUGGUGACUUGUACGCUAAUAUGUUGGAUGAUGUAAUUAUUGGCCGCGGUGCCCUUGUAAGUUACCCUGAUCCAGUUCUUUUGGACACCAAUGGAGAAGAGAUCUCCGAUCUUAUCUUAUCACAUCACUGUGUUACUAUGAUAGGACAGAGCAGGACGUUCAAGUGGGGAACAUGGUCCAAUCAACGGUGAGAAUAUUAAGCCUGUGAUUGUAGCAAUCUCCCAUACCAGUUUUCCACAUUAAGUUCUAUGAAAUGUGACUGCCAAAGUCCUUGGAUGUGAGUAUAUAUGUCUACGCAAUUGAUGUGUAUAGCUGGUCUUCUAAUGGGAGAAUUAAAUAAUUGAGAAGCCAGUCCAUGUUAUACCAUUUCAUACCUUUUCACGUAUAAUUAGGAACUUAUGCAAAUGUUUUGGCCAAAAUCUCCACCUGUUAUCAGGAUGGGUUGAGUAGACGAUAGUCUCUCAAUUGGGGCGGCUGGGUCGACCAAUUAAAAACUUGGGUAGAGGUGAACCGCUGAGAGAAUGGCUUUCAUAAAGCAAAUAAUUUUAUUUGCUUCCAGCCAUUCUCCCACCUGGCACGUGCUCCAGUGAGUGUAUCAGCGCCGGCAGCACGCCUGAAAAAAAUUAUCGUUUAAAGUACUUAAACUCAAUAUAUAUAUAUAUAUAUUACUCAAUUAUUUUAGAUCGAAAGAAGCAGUGAUGAAGGAGAGCCCAGGAACGUUAAGAAAACCAGCAAACAAACUUUGGUCUUGCGCCAUGGCGAAUGCACCACCAAGCACCUGGCAGCACGAGAGCCUGGAGGGUGUUAUCAAGUUUGGUACUACAAUCAGGCGACAGCCCACUAAAACAGAAUUCAAGAACAUCAAAAAACUUCUUUUCACUUCACGUAAGUGGUCACUUUCAUUCAGUAGACGCUUGUUGAGGUAACGUGAUCUUCCUGGCUAAAAACCAAGGGAAAAAUAUUUAUACUUGAAAUGGCGUCUUGCAAAACCGCGAAAGAGAAGAUAGACAAAAGCGAAAACAAAUCAUAUCUCUUAGCCAGGAAUCAAAACGCGUCGUCAAUCUCAUGAUAGUAGGGAGUUUAAGCAAGGACGUUGUUGAGCGACGAAUGUCAACCAGAAGUGGACUUUUUGCGCUUCUUGGCCGUGAUUUUGAACAACUUCUUAGGCAAAUCAUCUCUAUAAGUGUAAAGACACUUAGAAAUACAAAUUUGGUUUCGUCAAGGCAUAUUAAAAGAGAAAAAGGCUCACUUCCGGUUGACUUUCCACCCUCAAAAACGUCGCUACUUAAACUCCCCAGACUACUCUGCCCCUAUAAACAUCGCGAAAUGCUAAACCCUCCAUUUUAUGUGUAGCCAAUUUUUUUAAACCUACCAAACAAAAUUUGCCGUCAUUUGAAUGGAAAGGCCUCAAGCGGCAGGUUUCUUGAGCCCGAUUUGCUCCAAAAUCACACGAACGAAGGAAAAGGAAAGGAGUAAAAGAAAGAGCGAGGAGGAAGAAACUAGUAGAAGAGAAAAAUCAAUGGUUGCACUCGUGGUGUUUACAAUGGCUACUUUGGCCGAAAAAAAAACUGUUGGACACAAAAAGUCCAAUUGGCGGUAACGUUUUCAAAAUUUCGGCUAGAUGUAUAACCUUGAAAAUUUUUCUGAAAAACGCCGUUUGAAGCUGCUCGUACCACGUUUUGGUCAUAGUCUGCCUAAAAUGGCAGAAAACAUUGUUUACAAGUCGAGCAUUAGGCUAAAUUUUGUUGCUGAUGGAAAAUUACAGCUUCCGAAGUUGGGACAUGCAGUUUUGUUGCUAGGCGACUGCGGACACCAUUCCAUAUAUGUAAAGGCACCGGUUAUCGCUUCCCGGAAAUAACCGAUUUUUUAACGACGUACUUGUUGUUCUUGACUUUACCUUAAACUGUUCGGUUACUUCCAGCUCUAGUAGCUGGUGAACGUGCUUUUUUUAGGGGAAAAAACGAAGAAAAAGUGAGAAAUUGAGAAACGAGAGAGGAAGAGGUUCACGCGUCAAAGCAACUCACCAUCUGCUCACACUUCGCUAUAGCUCCGCUCCAGGGAAUACGUACGAGAUGACUGUGGUGACUUUUUGUGGUUCGAUUCCAUUUAGGUGACCAUUUAGGUUGGGAAAGAAACCGUGGACUAUUCUACAUGAUGCUCCACACGGAAGAGGACAGUGUUUUGGAGGUCGGCCUGCACUCGGUGUUUGACCAGCAGAGUAGGACAUCAUCUGCGGAAAGUGUCGUUGUUGAAAACAAUUUCCAUUUCAAGCCUACACGAAUUUGCGGACAGGCUGCCUCUGUUAGCUUGUCUUGCACUCACUCGGCCGUUGUUGCGGGCGACGCCAACGCUGUUUCAACUUGGGGACACGGAGAUUGUGGAGCACUUGGCCUCGAUGAGUACCUGAUUGCGAAUUUCAGUCCUCCUUCUCCAAUCGCUGUAACGUCAAUCAGCUGCCAAGUCAAACAGGUCGCCUGUGGUGGAGACUUUACAUUGAUUUUGACCACCGAAGGGCUGGUGUAUUCUUGCGGCGCGGGUGCAUUUGGAAAGUUAGGUCAUGGAGACGAACAAGACAAGCGGUUGCCUUGUUUGGUACGUAUCCCUUUAGAGUUCCAAACUGCAUUUUUCGGAAGAAUGAACGUGAUAAAUAUUCUCACUCAAGUCUCUUUGUAGCGCUGCCGCCUGAUGUCGGAGAAUCAUUUUUUUUCUUUGCUGCUUGCUCGUGACAUGACCAUUUUGACAUUUUUCUUGUUUAACGCUGUUUUUAUUCACGAUUUUUGUAGUGUCUGUUUUCUCUUAAACUCUACUCUGCUCAAGUAAUAUCUAACACUGCUGAUCAUGUACGCUGUUAUAUUUGUCUGGACCCUCAGCUAAUCAACAGAAAAUUGAGAACAGUUGUCUCUCCGGCUGUUUUAGGAAAUCUAUCUUGUUUCAUCCUCGAAGACUCGAUCAUCGUUACAUAUAUUUGUGUUUUAGCCUGUGUCCAAUUUUCCGCAGGCUGAGCUCUGUGGAGUGGAAAAAAGACUGAAAAAACCGAUAAAAUCUGGUCCCUAAAACUGGUCAGAAAAAAGCGAUUUUUUUUGUUGAAAAAUCUUUGUUUUUGAUCUAACAUAUAUGUUUUUAUCAAGGUGUUGUUUCAAGGCUCCUCGGACCCUCAUAAAGGGCCAAAUAGCUCUCUUCUGUUACGUUAUCCUUUGAUUACAACAAAUACACUAUUCAUAUUCUCCACACUAAAACUCCUUUGGAACCAGGAAGUAUCUGUUUAGGAGACAAUCAAGCUAAUUUGUCUAUUUUAUGGAUGUCAUUUUCUCUCAAUAUUACCUUGAUCUUUCUGCUUGUGUUAAUACGCAGAGGCGUUAAAAGGAGAAAACAUAUAGAGGAUAUUACAUGGCCGCGCGGACAUACGAAAUUUCUCUUCGAGUGUUGAAAAAUAUUUCACGAGUGAGCGCAGCGAACGAGUGAAAUAUCUUUUCAACACGAGAAGAGAAAUUUCGUAUCUCCAAGCGGCCAUGUAAUGUUCUAUCUAUUAUAUAAACACCAAUGAAAUACCAAACCAUUUCACUUUAAUUUUUUUUUUUGGUGUGAAAGGCACGAUUAAUUAUGUAGCCAUAGUAACGGUGAUCUUUUCACAAGUGAAGAUAACAUGUUAUUUUCACGUAUGAAGAUAUCUUGUUUUCGCGCGAAAGCUCACCUGGUAUUUCAUUGGUGUUUAUAUAAUAAAAGUAAAUACUGGUUUCUGUUGUGGUCAACGCAUUUCUUUUAUACUUGUAGAUUGAAGCCCUGUGGAACAUGAAAGCCAUUGCAGCAGCGGGUGACCAUGCCGCGGCAAUAACCAACAGAGGAUUUUUGUACCAGUGGGGAAUGGAAUGUGCCGAUGAACAGCUAACACAGUUUGUAUCAACACCCACUAGGGUGGGGCAAAUCGACAACAUCACUGUGACGUCACUCUCGUGCGGCACGCACCACACUGUCCUCGUAGGAAACGGGCGGUGGUACACUGGAAUCCCGUAUUCGUGGGGACGGGGGUCGUAUGGUCGUCUUGGCGUGGGUCAUUCCAGAAGUCUCUUUUCUCCAGGAUGUGUCAACGAACUUUACUAUAACUCAGGCAAGGUUAUCACACAAGUUUCGGCUGGAGACAAGCACACCGCAUUUUUAACAAAGGAUGGAGAAGUUUAUACGUGCGGUAACAAUGCUUUUGGACAGCUCGGUUAUCUCACCGCUUCCGGCUACAGCGAUGUGCCACGUAUAGUUUGCCUCGGGAAGAACGCCACAGGAGAUGAAAUCAGGUUUGUUGUUUACAUUGUGUUUUGGUUUAGGAUAAACUGGAUUCCUGUAGUAAUGAAUAAGGUGAAAAAUCGCCUCUUUUAAAAAUGGCAAACGACUUCCACGAAAUAUUGCCCUUCACUCGAAAAUUAAACUCAGUGACAGCAUCAUCGUCAUUAUGAUCUGGUGACUGUUACGCCACAUUCUACUGUUCUGCAAACAAAAUUCGAAAACUUCAAGCAUUACCAACAGUCGUUUGUUGCUGUUGAUAGUAAUCCGGUUGACCUUCAAAAGACAAGAAAAUAAAUACCCGGUGUAAAAAAAUUUUUAAAAGGUGCUCUUGCCUCAGUAUCCUGGAUAGAUGAAUUUAAUAUCCUUUUAUCUUCUUUUGACAACGUUUUGUUCUUUGAACUUAGGGCUAAGGAGCUUUUUUGCAACGACAACUACACAAUGGUCUUAACUAAAGAUGAUGAUGUGCUAGUGUGGGGAGCCUGUUACUAUGGGUCAAAAUUGGAGGAUCCAAUUCCUUUCGACGUCAACGACAAAACUAGCUUGAGAAUUACUGAUAUCACCACAUGCCGUGUCUUGACAGGAGAGACAUUUUUUGAGCUCGUAGUUGCCUUGACAGAUGACAGCAAUCUGUUAUUUUGCGCUGGAUUGAAAUCUGAUAGUUAUUGCCAAGCUGCCGACGAUUCAACGCCUCCAAUCCCAUGUAACAAAACAAAUCUGAAGACCCUUUGCUCCGUGGAGUCUGUUCUCGUCAGCGUGGAUCAAGAAGGCAAUGUCUAUUACACUGACAUCGGUUCAUGGAUUUCGAGGUUUUUGCCUUCUUUCCCUACAGGUCAUAACAGCCCGGAAGACUUUAUACAGGGUUUGUUCUGCCAGAUGAGAGAAUAUUCAGACUCGUCGAGUCCACAACCCGUAGAGUUCACGGCCAUUACAUCAUUUAAUGAAAGUACUGUUGCAGUUGUUGAGGCAAGUCUCAGUACCUUCCUCUUCUGUUCAGACAUCGGUGAUGUGUUCAGUUGGUCUCCGUUAGUAGGCGGGCAUCUUGUUCACCACAAGGAACUGAACAGUGAAAUAAUCGUACAAAUCGCCUGUGGAGCAAGCCAUUUGGCCGCUUUGUCAGACAAAGGCAUUCUGUUCACAUGUGGCGAGGGUCGUUCUGGCCAGUUAGGUAAUGGCAGUUUUCGCAGUAUCGAGGCAUUCCAGCCCGUUCCGGUAACAGAAUUUGACAGGGUGCAGACUGUAUUCUGUGGCUGGGCAAGCACGUCUGCUAUCACAGAAACCGGAAAGGUAUGUGCAGUUUCUGAUCAGAAACAUAUUAUUUGCUUUUCUUGCUUAUUGUGCGAUUGACUCUACCAUAAUAAGGGGUGUGGAUGAUCGCCUCAUUAGGUGGGACGUUAAGCCGUUGGCCUUGCUUCCUUCGUCGAUGAACUCGAACUUCAGUUAUCAGGCAUAUCAAACAUUAAGCUUAUAAAUGGACUGAUAGUGAAAUCUAGUGGUGCCUUUGUAUGCUGGCAUCCGAGUUCACUGUCCAUAAAGAAGACGCGGCGUACUGUCGUCCUAUCAUCCGCGAAAUGACAAAUAAACGUACCCUAUGUUUAAGAAACUUGAUUCUUUCCAUUUUAUCGUCCUUUAGGUAUAUUUUUGGGGACAGCUCGAUCUGCGCCGAGGAGAGAAGAUAAGGAGAAAAGAAACGAAUCUACGUUCACCGAUGACCCGCUUUGACCUUGUACAACCCCAGCUGAAUCAAGACAACACUUAUUCUUUAGGUCCAGUAGAGUACCAAGUGGAAGAAAGUGGUGAUACUUGGAGCGCAGAACAUCAAGUUGCUGUUGUUGGCAAGCCGUUUUUCGUCAACAUUUUGCCAAGGGAUCCGGACAAAACUGAAUCUGGUUCGCGUAUGGUAAGACCACAUCCCUGAACUCACAAAUUUACGUUGAUCAUAUUAAACUCUGGUAAUUGACGUAACUGGUCAGAGUCUUCACACCCAAAAACAUAACGGUUUAACUGACGGGUGACCAAUAACAUCGCGAUCUAAUUGACCAAUCAGGUCAAUAACCAGAGCUACCUUGACUUUUAAGAUGCAUGACUUCUGCACAGAUUGUCGAAAGGUCCGUCUUUGUUACCAACAUUCCUAUUCAGAUUCAAGACACUCAACCGGACGAUCAUAUUCCAGGUAUAUUCCACAUAUCAAUUAGACUGUCAGAUCUGGCAUUCCACUCAAAACUGUUUCUCUAUCGUAUAACACAAAACCCCUGACGAUUGGUCUCCAUAGAAACAAUUUAUUUUUUGGCUUUAAGAAACAUUGAGAAACUCAAUUACAUCUAGAGCAACCAUUCAGUAACUAACACUUAUCUGGCCCAAGAAGAAAAACAUCUACGUUUUGAAAUGAAUGAAAGUAAGUCUUGGUAAGUGGUUAACAUUGGACUAACAGUGCAUUGUUAGUUUCUUUAUGUUGCCUGCUCAAAGCUUUUUGGCGGGAAAUAGUUUCAAUUUCUUGCAUAUCAGGUGACCUUGAAGUAACGAAUAAUAUGCGCGCUCUUAGGUUGAAACUCCAGAACUAUUCCCACUUUUAUGCGAAAUUUAUAAUAGUCACUUUAGUGUAUUCUUUUGACAGGAGUUUCGUGUGGUUGCAAGCAGCUUCCAAGACCCAAGUCAGCUGCACACUAAAGGUCGCAUAACCGAGUCUCAGACUAUUGAACGGACUUUCGUUGCUUCAAUAUAUUUCCAUUCAGAAGGACCUUUUAACGUCCAUAUAACUAGAAAUGGCCGAGAUGUACUCGGAAGCCCAUUUAAGGUGACUCUGGAGAAAGGUGUCAUGGUGAAAAGGAGUAAGCUGUCUUUGAUUGGUUGUGACAUUGACUGCAUGAGAGUAGUUGGAGGCGUUCUCCAGAAAGCCAUCGAGAUCAAAAAAUCGGAAACUGAGUUAUGGGGAAUACCCAGUAUAACCGCCGACUUGUUGACACAAGAGGCACUGAUGCUGGCGUCGAUGACCGACAGUGGAACGUACAUCUACGUCUGGGAUGCCAGCUGUGGCAGCCUUGCAGAAGAGAACCUUAACUUUUGGUUGCACCAGCUUGCCGUCUACGCUCCCUCAGCCAGUGUGAUUCUACUGGGUGUGAAUCUCAGUUCCACGCGCGCCAAUGAAAUGGACUUGAAGCCUUUCCAGACGGUAAAUCCACAGUUAGGUCAAUCCAUCUUCGCCGGCACCACUUUCACAUCGGAACCAGUUAAACUCUUGGAGGAAUUGUUACUGGUGGCUGGAGGAACGAACACCUGCCUAAAUCCUGUGUGGCACCGGUUCGAGUCUCUGGCAGCUAAAGUUAUCAAGAAGAGAGAGAGUGGCGUUGAAAUUCUUGACGAGACAACCUUUAAAGACCUUGCUGGCGAAUGCGGCAUCCACGGCGAUUUUCUCUGCAAGGAAGCUGUUGAGCAUCUUGAGAUGUCAGGCAUCGGUCUUGCUGUAAGAGAAAGACCUUUCUUCACAGUACUGCAGCCUCUUUGGUUGGCGAGACAUCUUACUGAGAUUGCCAAGACAAGUCAGAGUGGAUCAUUAGACAGGAACCUCAUAGGUAUGCAAAUGUGUGUGUGAUGAACGUUGGUGGUGUGUUAUUUUCAAAACCUCUAACCUUAACAAUAGCUCUGAUUUAGACUUCAUUCUUAUGUUUACAAAAGUUUAUUUUAAAAUAGGUCAACGGCUUAGCGUGUACUAUUGAGUCGUGGUCGAACGUAGCAGGUUGCUAAGCACGACAAUCGUGUAACGACGAGUGCAACUCAAGCUUCUUGAGUGCUUAGCAAACCUCCCAAGUGUGCCCAUAACUCAAAAGUACACGUUAAGGCGUCUUCCAUUUGUCUUUGUCUAAUCAAAGGAGAAAAACAUAUUUGCUAACAGAUAAUAAGGUCGGGAAUGACGUGAGUGCUGCCAUCCGCGCGUAUUAUGACGUGUGCAGCUCGUUGUUUUCAAACUCUUUUCGGUCGAAAAUGUUUUUGCUGAGUAUAAGUUAUUUCCGCCUUAAUGUGGAUUGUAAGACCCUUUUUACGUUAUCUUCAACGACUUUUGACACUUUCUCUAUGCAAACAAAGUAUAAUCAUGCAGAAAUUGGUGAGCAUUCACUCAUGGGAAAACAGUUUGAGUCGUCAGAGGGCUCUUUACUUUUGUUAUGUUAUAAAAUGAUAUCGUAGCAUGCGCGCUAACUCUUGGGGGAAGGGGCUCUUGGGGGGUAAGGGGCUUUCGCCCAUUUUCCCUCCUCCACCUCCGACGACUUUCCCGCAGGUUACCGUAAAGCUCAUCUGAUUUUGGCCCGUCUCUGAUUGAUCGUGCACUUUCGUUUCCUCAGACAUGCCAAAGCAGCAUGUUGUUAACUUCCUUAUCAGAAGACGCCUAGCUUUGGAACAGCUCGACAAGAAAACGGUUGAUAUCAUUCCUUACCUGUCGUCCGUUCCCGAAGAGAGCUGGCUAUUGGUGGAUAAGUCAAAAUACACGACUUUUAGACAUCUGGUGUUGUCCGUUCCACCAUAUCACCUCCAUUCAAUGUUUCAAAAUCUCGCCGCUUGUAUCCUGCAAAAAUUCGCCUCUGUAUCACUUGGGAAAUACACGUUAGUAUCCUACGCCGGUCAGUUUCACUUCCGUCUUGACUGUGGUCCUUGUAUCGUCAAUAGGAGUGUUGCAGAGGUGCGCGUAACAGUAAGAGCGCCUGGUCAGACCAUUUGUACAAAAGCCACGGAAGAAGUUUUGAGUUUUCUCCAAAAUUGUAUCAAGGAAUUAGAUCAUUCAUACCAAUUCACCGUAAAGGUAUCGUGCAGCGUAUGUAGGCAGUACUAUGUUGAUUUGAUCGAAGUUCAAGAGGCGGCAGGACAAGGCGAGACUGAACGUGCGUGCGGGCGAUGUCAUGGCAACCAAAUGUCGUUUUCAAACUUACUGAAUGGUUUCACUGAGAGUCGACCAGCACCAGAAUUUGAUUGGCGUCCUUUUUAUAGAGCUCGAGAUCCAGGUUUGUAUGUACACCAGACUCAAUUUACCUUUUUCUUUCUAAUCAAAGAUCAAACGCAACUUUUAUAGGCGAUGAAGAUUGUUAAAACUGGAGGUGCAAUCGAGUUUGACAUUUAAAGAAAAAAACACGUUAGUUUUCCACUAUCAUGACCGAAGUUGUUUGACACAGUUGUUGUCACGAUUAUUAUUUUUUUGUUUUCCGGUUUUCAAAUAAGCUUUGUUCUCUCUAGGAUUAAUGAAAAAGAUAGCGUAUGUUGCGAAAAAUUUUGGAAGGCAUGUCAACCUUGUGUUUCCUGAGAUCCACUCUUGACUCAUACCAAUUUGAAAGUAGAGAAGCGACAAAACCUCCGCCCAAUAUUUCGCAUUUUAUUUACUUGACAAUCGAUUUAUUUACUAACUUAAAUCAAUUUUUAUUCAACGUUUUGUUCCUACAGGAAGUCCCUACUCCAAGAACGAUAUUCUCUCCGCAGACACUCUGUUACGUCCCUUGAUUCGCUACAUUGGAGAUAGGGAGGACAGACAAGAGGCAAAAUUGUUACGGGAAAUAAAAGGGAUGUUCGAAAACAUGACCAAAGCGUUCGUGGACAUGAAAAACGUAGGUUUGUUGUUUAUAAACUCUACGUACAUAAUGGUCAAGAUUACACAUGAUAUUUUGGUUAGUACAAUGUAUUUGAAGCCGAAAAGUUUCCAGGAUAUGUUCACUUAACAAAUUAAACAAAUUUUGUACCAAUGGCUGUUUUGCUUUUUGCAUGUUUGUUUGUUUGUUUGUUUUCCCCCACGUUGUGCGCAGAAGAUGAACCUCUACGGCGAAUUGAAAGGUUUCAUGUGUUUAUUAGUAUGCAUCAGUAUCAUUACCUCAAUUUGGACUGGCUACCAGCCAGUGUUUGAUCGGCUGUGAGCACGUUUUCUCUCCCUCGUACCUACGGACAAUAAACAAUUAUUGCAUGAGGGUUUUGUGAUAUCCAGAAUAUUUUAGGUCGAGAUAGGUAGUGUACGAACGCGCUUCCAUGUGGAGCUGGCGGGGGGGUGGGGUUGGGGGGAGAGAGAUAAAAAAUCGGCAAGCGUGAGCGUGAGCACGGGAAGCUUGUAGACUUUGUUUUGUUGCCGCCCAUCCGCCCAUUUGCAAUUAGCCUGUAACUCAUAUUUCAAUAACAUGUCAAAAAGGUAAUUAGACCUGUCAAAUUAUCAUGUUUUUGUUUUUUACGCUAGGAUGCAUCGGCUCCAUUCGCAGGCUACGAUAUAUGCCAAGGUUGAUAACACUUACGGAUACCUUGAUUAUUCUGGAUAUCCUUCACAAUCUAAUAACUGCUUUACCAUACAUUGUUUCGAAGAAAAUAACGAUAAACAUACCAUUGCACAAAACACAGUUUGACAUUGCUCCUGAAAAUCAUACAUUCCGUGCGCAAACAAAUUCCACAGGGGGCCCUCACAAAUUGUGGGAAGAUAUUAUGCGAUGAAUUCUUUUAUAGAAGGUCGGAACAGACAUCUUUUUACCUGAAAUGUUGUGUAUUGUUGUUCUUCCGCUGAAAACGGCGAAUUUUAGCGAUUUGAAGGGUUUCACCUUCGACGUUUACCUGACCGUAUAGUAGAGAGACAGGUAAAGGUCGAAUGUAAAACCCUUCAAAUCGCUGUAAUUCGCCCUUUUUAGCUGCAAGAAUGACCUCAUAGAAAAGAAUUCAUCGCAUUGUAUUCAAUUCCUCUAAACUGAAAACAGUACAACGCUCAAAGAAAUUGUGUGGGCCCCGUUUGGAUUAUUCAAUUAUCUGCUAGCAGAUAACUUAUCUUUAGGUUGCGCUGUCUUUCUAAAAAACUUUAGCUAAGCCCUUAGCCAAUGGGUCGACAGAUAUUGCAAUGAAUCAUGACAGAGAAGUGAAACUUUUCACUGCGCAGUAACUUUUAGGUUGCUGGCUUGCUAUCAUUGUUUAUUACCAUUAACUUUUUUUUUUUAGUACGACACUCCGAGGACUGUCUGCAUUCUUCCCGAAUUCCAAAGAGCAUCUGUUACUAAACGCGGUGCGCUUAAAAUGUUAUUGACGUAUGGCAAGCCAAAGUACCGGCUCUUCCUUCUUUGUGAGGGGAACGGGGAUGGAACGGGUGUGCACUUUCUAGACUACAGCAGACACAAAGGUUACAGACUAGAAACUCCUUUAGCUGCUGCCUUUAUCAAGGAUUGUGCGGAAUUGCUGAGGUUUACUUUCCAGGUGCUUGCUGUCGCUUAUUUUCGAAUCCCUCAUAAUACACUCUGUUUGGUCCCCCCUCUCCCAUAUAUUCGAUAUAUUGUUCUCCGUUUGCAAGGUCCAUUAGAAAACAAAAUUGAUCCAAAAUGAAUCGCGCAUUAUUUCGCCUUUGAACAUGCGUUCUGUUGCACACUGCGUUACAUCAUUAUUGACCAAGCGUGUGGUGAAGAUGGCUAAAUGUUGGCCACAUUCGUUUUGCGUUUCAGUUUUUAUGGAUCGAGAAAAAGUCCAAAGUCAAUAACAAAGCAUAAAAGAAUUAGGCCAGCAUUAGUAGUAUGGUAAGGGAAGAUAUGUACCUUUCUUUGCAAGGGAAUCUAAAACCGAUGACGUCAUGGCCUCUUAAUAAAAUGUGAAGAAAUCUCAUUAUAAGGAUAAUAUAAGGUCAUGUGCCUUUUGAAGUGGUUCAACCGGUUCGAUAGGUUUGUGCCAUUUUCAAGUGGUUCAACCGGUUCGAUAGAAGAUUGAUGAAUGUCCCGCUAGAUAUUGAGAUUCCCCGGCAUAAAAGGUUAAUUUCAGCCUACCAUACUACUAACUUCAAGCCAUCUUGACCGAACCGAGAAGUUUGAUCAAAAAGGGAUUUAUUGUUAUAUGGCCAAAACAAAAAACCCGGCGUUUUACCUGCUUUACCGUUGGUGUUCAAGCACUGGGUCCGGUUCCUCGAAAGAUGGUUAAGUUUAACCCAGGAUUAAGCCAAAUUUUUGCAAGGUUUUCUUGUCUAAGAACAUGCAACUAGACCUUAAAAAACGCUAUUGAGCUUUUACCCCUGGUUACGGUAAUAACAACACAAAACGUUACUCUAGGCAAUAUAUAAGAAAGUGAAUACAUAAAGUGGAACAAAAUUAUAUUCAAAUUUUAAUCCUGGGUUAGCACUAAUCGACCUUUCAGGAACUUGGCCCUGGUAUCUAUAUUUUAUUCAUCUGAUGUUCUUUCUGAUGAGCUAUCGUUGCUUGAAAAGUCGCUAUUCACUGCCAUGACGUUGAAUCCACUGCAGACUCUUCUGGGCCUUUCCAGACAGCCUUUAGAAGAUGUCCAUUAUCCCGUGUUGAAGGUGUUUAUAAGCCUUGCUAAGUACAAAUGGGCUCAGGAACACAAGACAACCUGUCUAGCCGUGCUAGAAUGAGAUCAUAAUGACCGUAGUACAAAGCAUUAUUAAUUUGCAGUGUUUUAAACUAAUUCUAAUAACUAUUCUAAUCAUAUUCACUAAUAGUGACUGAAUAAAUUAAUGCCAUGUUUCUAUUGCUCAGUAAGUUUAAACUGAUAGAAACCAAAAAAGCUAACAAAAACAUAAAACAAAGGAGUCUAACGGGUUUCAUUUGACCAUUCCACUUUAAUUACUAUGAUCUCUUCAAGUUCUGUCCAUCCGUGCCUCCUUUUAUAUUUCCUGUGUUAUUUAUACCUUUUUUUAUAAAGUUCAAAGUAGUUAUGCUUAUGUUUCACUCAGUUUGGUGGCAGUUCUCAUUGUUUAUUUAUUUAUUUAUUUAUUUUGAUAAAUAAUUUCGUGACACAGUUCCUUUAAAUUAUUUUCAGAUUCUUCUUUCUAUUGGCGCUGUCUAUGCAUUUGGAGUUGGCGUGGGUCUCUUUGCGUUGAAAGAUGUUCAAGAAACCUUAGCCAACCUGCUCGGUAUUACUGAGAAAAGUAGUGCUGUGCUAUGCGCUGUUCAGUGGAAAAAUAUCUUCAAAGAGGUUUGUUCGUAUGAAUUUAAUUUUUCUUUCCAGGUUCUCAUUUAUUAUGAACCAAAAGAGCUUAAAGGAGAAUUGAAGAAAAAAAUGUAUCCCUUAGUUAAGCAUUCCUUAGACAGCUCUAUGUAAUUGAAGAUUUACAAAAUAUGUAGAGAUAUAUAACCUUCGUUGACAUCUCAAUUUCUUCGUUGACACAGAUGGAAGGGUUUCUAAAGGAAGUCCAGGAAAGUUCAAGCUCAAUUUCUCAACCCCAGGGCCUCGAGACGCUGUCUGGAGCAGGGCGUGGCUGUCAAUUGGGUGGUAAAAACUACGAGCGUCUCCGAAAACUUUUGUCCGAGUGGGGACCUAAAGAUGACUUCGGUGGAUUGCGACAGGAACCUCGCGAUGGAUUAGGAGCAAUCUGGGUGUGUGAGGAACACAGAAAAUACAGCAAAGAAACUAGAAACAUCAUGGUCAUGCCAUGAGCUGAGGCGAAACUAAUGGCGCUUUCCAAACGUCAGAACUGGCCGUCCGGACCAUGGCCGCACCAGUCAUUUUGACACAGCAAUAAGCUUUUUCAAAUAGUUUUUGCUAAAAGUAUACCUAAAGGCUAGAAAUGCUGCCGUAGGCAAGGAAUAGUGAAGAAAUGGAAAAUUAAGUGUAAAGUUUUUAGUAGAAGGUGAUGUGAGGCUAAGAGGGCUUAAUCCAAAAUCUUUGUCAGUGAUGAGCUAAAUUUAGAAAUUAUCUUCCUUUUGAGUAUCGCGUUAAAGGUGACUAACUUAAUCAUGAGCCAGUUUUAGUAUUUUUCUAACGUGCUCGCGUCGCGUCAGAAGUGGCCAGAUAAUUCUCCAUUUUUAAUAUGUAUAUAAAUCAUUCUCGCUUUCAACCGUGACUGAAUGACUGAAACUUAUUUUGAAGCUUUGAUUUGGCGAUACGAGGAAAUUUUCUAACUAUGGUGUUCAGUCUUUCUGUUCGCACAAAAAUCGAGCGAUUUCCACGAAACUUAAAAUUCUUGAGUUUAAGACUGUUUAUUUCAUCUGCCAAGUUUAAGGAAAUUUGUUCGACUGUGAACUGCGCUACAAGAUAGGUCUGAGAAACGACCAUGAAAACACACCAUUAACUUGGUCACCCAUGUCACGAAUCAAACACCAAUUUAAACAAUUUUGGAGGGCGGUUAUGUUCAAUUUUUGAUAAAUACAUGACACAUAAAUUUUGGGCGCGUAGCUCUAAUGCUGCUUGUGUGAUUCCCUCUUAGAACGGAAGGAAAUUUGCUUGGAAAAUAGUAAAGGGUGCGGCUAUAUGACCGGUAACCGGUCAAGAUUUUCAAAACACUAAGUGACCGGCAGUCCGAUAUUUUUUUCAAUAAUUUUUUUUCAAAUCGAAGAUUCCCAGCCAGACCAAACUAUCAUACGUCGAGUAAGAAUAGACUGUGAGAGACUUAUGUCGUGUUUACAUUUGUGCAUUUACCAAGGUAAAAAUUUACUAAGGUCAAGUUACUUAACCUUGGUACAUUCGUCCAGUGUUUACACUAGCUCAAAUAACUCAAGUUGAUCUGUCAACACUCCUGCUAUCUGCAUUAUCUACGUCAUGAAAUCGAACUGGCGGGAAAUUCUAAAACCAUGCUGGCUUCAAGAAGUAAAGUGGUGGCUUUCGUGGCCAUUGCUUUUAAUUCUUAAUUCAAGAGCCGCAAACAGAAACGUCAAGAUUUCGUAAGAUGUUGAUGUUACAACACCUCAAGAGGUCGAGACGAAAACGGAUGGUUUUACUUCAAAUUGCUUUAAAAAAUACCAGACGAGCUAGACGUGUGUGGGCAUGGCCGUAAAUAAUACUGAAAAUGAAAAAUACAAUGCCUUCUUUUACCUGACGGAUUGUUCGCCGUACGAAGAUCGAUCCAAUCGUUCCCUGACUUCUCUGUUAUCUGCCAUGAUAGAAACGUGACAAUCGCCGAUCUGCUCACCGCGGGAUGUGACAUAUUACACCGCUACAAGCGGAUAUAUCUGUCAUCUUUACCUUGGUUACCAACUGUAACCAUGCCUGAUCACAGGGUAAUUGCAACUUUUACCUUGGUCAAAUUUCUUUUGUCUCUUGAGGCAUUUACCGAAGUAUUAGUUAGCGUUUACACACGGAAAAUGUUUACCUGGGUAAGUAAACUCUCGUACCUCAGUAAACCGUUCAAGUCUAAACACGGCAUAAGUUUAUGAUCAACAAAUGUUGUCAAAGUGUAAGUCUCUUCAAUUUUGAAGGAAAAAAAUUCACUCCAGUAUGAGCGGAUUCGAUCCCGGAGCAUAGGGUCUGCAUACCACUAUUCUAACCACUAGACCACCGUUGUUUCUCUGCAAUAUGACGAUUUUAUUCAAACAUUAUAGCGUAAACCCCAACCCAAAAUUCUCAGGGCUUAACCCUGAUCAGUUUGGUUAGUGCUUCAGUUAGUAUUUUCAGGGCUUAACCCUAAUCACUAUAGUCAAAAUAUCGGGCUUAUAAAAUAUUGCAUUUUGUGAAAAUAUCCUUCAUUAAACGGCUGCUUGCUCCAUGCAGUGAUGCUAUUUCUUUGUCUAUAUGCUACGCUAUUUUGCUGGUCUUAGCGUGUUCUGUUUUCCGAAAACCAACCCAAAC